AUGUCUUUGAAAGACAAACAGUGUCACUAUCCUGAAGAACCUUACAUCUUCAACUAUGUUUCUCUGAUUGACUCUUUUAUUCACUCCAAAGAUGAUGCAGAGUUGCUGGUUGAGAAAGAAAUUAUUGUCCAUGAACUGGGAAGUGAUCAAGAACUGGCAAAUCUGGUUAAUGAUCUUUGCAAACAUGUGACAAAUUCAACAUGCUACCACCAGAUCAUGGAAGAUGUUAAUGAACACUACAACAAUGAUUGGAAAUGGGCAAUGGGGACAUUGAGGUGGGUUUACUUCAGAGACCCUUGGAGAAGCAGUUCUACUAUAGUGGGGGUUGCUGUCCUAAUAUUCACUGCCUUCAACUUCUACCGUGUUACUGAUCUACUCUUUUAGUAAAUUGAGAAUUAUAUUGAUGGAAUCACCUUUUCUGUAUUACAUCAUCGUCCAUGA